AAAGAUUCUUUAUAUUUCCAAGCCAUUUAUAAAAGCUAUGCGAAGAACACUCUUGGGGAGAGUCCAAAACUACCAGCUUAAACAACAGCAGCGAUCAUAUAAUCUCCUAUCAAAUCACCUUAUUAGCACCAAUGUCGUCUCUCAAAGGAACAAUAUUUACAACCAAGUUCGAAAAGAAAGCUUUGAACCAUCGCUCAACCUCAUUUCAAUCCUUGCUAAUGGAGGCAUUGACAUGGACCUUACGUUACACGAGGCUUCAAAGAUGCUCCACUCCGGUAUUAAACCAAAUGACUACUCCCUAGUGCACCUGGUUCGGAUCUCAACUGAUCUGGGUUAUGACUCUUACUGCCAACAGCUUCAUUGCUACGUUUUGAAAUCUGGGUUUGCCUCCAAUGCGUUUGUUUCUAAUGCUUUGAUGAGGUUUUAUCGGCGAAUUGACUUGUUGUGUGAAGCGGAUAAGCUGUUUGUUGAAAUUCCUCAACCGAGUGUUAUUUCUUGGAACUCUAUGAUUUCUGGGUAUGUUCAAACCGGGAAGUUCCGUAAAGCUUUGGGUUUGUUUCUUGAGCUUCAUAGGUCUGAAGUUUGUAGCAAUGAGUACUCAUUUACAUUGGCUUUGGCUGCUUGUGGUCAGCUGGGGUUUUUGCAAUUAGGCAAGUCAAUUCACUCCAACGUUUUGAAAUUUGGCUUUGAAUGUGCUGUUGUUGUUGGGAAUUGUUUGAUUGAUACGUACGGAAAAUGUGGGGCUGUGGGCGAUGCCAUUUUGGUUUUUAAUACUAUGAUUGAUAAUGAUAUUAUUUCAUGGAAUUCAGUUUUAGCAGCCUGUGCUAGAAAUGGAAACCUUGAACAAGCCUUCAGUGUAUGGAGCGAAAUGCCUAUCCGUGAUACUAUAUCUUACAAUGAAUUGAUUAGUGGCAUUGCUCAGUUUGGCAACAUAGAUGAUGCAAUCGAUCUUUUAUCUAAUAUGCCAAACCCGAAUUCAUCUACAUGGACUUCGAUUAUGACAGGAUAUGUUAAUCGAAAUCGGCCGCGGGAGGCUCUUCGGUUUUUCAAUGAAAUGCACUCCAAUGAUGUUCAAAUGGAUGAGUUCUCAUUUUCAAUAAUUCUAAGUGGAAUUGCAAGUCUCUCAGCUUUAACAUGGGGAAUUUUGAGCCAUUGUUUUACAAUAAAGCGUGGCUUGGAUACAUCUGUUGUUGUGGGAAGUGCUCUCAUUGACAUGUACUCCAAAUGUGGGCAGAUUAAGAACGCUGAGUCUAUGUUUCAGUCUUUACCUAAAAAGAAUUUAGUGACCUGGAAUGCCAUGAUCUCUGGUUAUGCUCACAAUGGUGAUUCAGCGAAAGCAAUCCAGCUUUUCGAACAGCUAAAAACCAAAAGGGACUUGAAACCUGACUGGGUCACAUUUCUUAAUGUGUUAGCUGGAUGUUCUCAUAAUGAAACACCACUUCAACAGGUGUAUCAGUACUUUGAGUCGAUGAUCAAUGAUUAUGGGAUUCAGCCUACCAUUGAGCAUUGCUGUUGUUUGAUUCGGUUGAUGGGUCAACGAGGAGAGACCCGGAGAGCAGGGAAGCUGAUUUAUGAACUUGGUUUCGGAUCAUGUGCUGUUGUUUGGAAGGCUUUGCUCGGUGCUUGUGGAGUUUGUACUGAUAUGAAGAUCGCAAUGAUUGCAGCCGCAAAGGUAAUUGAAUUGGAAGGUUACAAUGAUUAUGUUUAUGUAAUGAUGUCUAACAUUUUUGCUUACUAUCACAAAUGGGGGGAAAUGAGUGUAAUGCGAAAGCUUAUGAGAGAACAAAGAGUGAUUAAAGAAGCUGCUUGUAGUUGGAUUGAAAUGGAAAAUGUCAAGCAAUAAAAGAAC